AUGAAUGACGUUGUUCCACCUAGUGUGGGGAUAGGCUCUGCUGUGCCUACCCAAUCAGAAACAGCAGUUGAUCUGAAUCGUCAACAGAAAAAGAAGCGAAAAGUGACAGAUUCAGCCCACGAGAAUAGGAAAUUAGCCCAAGCAUCUAGAACUCUACAAGCGUGUCAAUUAUGCCGCAAACAAAAAACGCGUUGUUUUAGAUCACCUGAAUGUCCUACUUCCUGUUUGCGCUGUCGUUUUCUUAGUAAGACUUGUUCGUUCCAAUUGGAAGAAGCGGGGGGAGCACCUGCAGCAGCACUACCACUGAAUAAUGAUGGAAAUAUUCAAAAUGAUCCAAAAGUUGGCUUGAUCUUGGAUAGAGUUAAUGAAUUGUUGAAUAUAGUGAAAAAUGGUCGGGUUGGGACUGAAGCUAGUGGUGGGGAACAUCUAAUAAAUAGUGAUGCUCGGUUGUUGUUGGAGACCGCCAGUUCAAUGCAAAACCAUCAUCUGAUCAACUCGAAUUCAAUGUUGAAUGUAGAAAUUUUGGAACAAACUACUCCCGAAUUUCAAAGAGCUUCACAAAGUUUAGUGACAUCGCCAUUUGCCAUGAUCAGGAAUCGAAUGAUGCAGGCAAAUUGUCCAGCUCCUAUUCAAAACUUGUAUCAAUCAAACAACGAUGCGGUACUCGAUAGACCAAGAAAUAUAAUUGAGUUGGGAAUCAUGAGUGAAAAAGAAGUAGUUGACGUUGUUGGCAAUUUCAGACGAAACUAUGGCCGUUGGGUAUCAUUCCCCAAUACUUUAUCAACUGAGAAUUUAGUCAAAGACCUUCAACUUAAAUCGCCACUACUUUUAACCACCUGCUGUUGUAUAAGCUACCGGUACUCUGCAGACACAAGCCAGGAGAAUCGGCAGCGAAUUGUCCAAUUGGUCAAAGUUCUUAUUAAAGAACUCAAUCAUAAUUUCAUCAGGUUCACAUCCUUUACCAAUAAUGAUUUUGCCUUGGUGGAGUUUUUCCAAAGUCUAGUUGUAUUGAGCUUAUACGCUAUGUCGAUUUCGUCAGUGGUUGCCGGUAUAGAUCAUGGAGACCCCGAAUUGGUGGGGUUUAAUUUGGACCCUUGGCAAUUGUCUAGCAUUGGAAUCACCACAUUUCUCACCAAGUCGACUUUCCAAUUAUUCAAAACAAAGCAAAACAUUACUGAUGAUGGGUAUGAGACGUUAGCAUUGCUACGCAUAUACAAUCACUUGUGCUUAGUACAUCUCAUUAAUUGCAUCUUCUCAGGGAGGAUAUGCAUUUUGGAUGAGGCUAGAGUGCGUUAUUGCACAUCGGCAUUGACAUUGUUUAAUGCGACAAACUUUGAUGGGCGUAUGGUGGCAGAAAUCAAUAUUCUCCAUGUAACUUACAAGUACCUCCAGCAGAAUGACGAGGUCAAUGCCCCUCAAAGCUUGUACGAUUUCCAUUUCAAUGAAGUUGUCAGGGAAGUGCAAACAUGGUUUCAAAACUGGGAGUAUUUGAUCCAACAACCGGCAUUGCAAUUUGCUGAAUUUAACUAUCAUUUUUGCUCCCUAUUGAUCUAUGUUGCUUAUAGCUUCCAAAAGUUAGGAGAUGGUGGUGGCUUGGAUAUAUUUCUACAACAGGAUGUAUUGGAUCUGAUCUUAAAACAGUGUCUGUCACAAAACCUACUCAUGAUGUAUCAGCAUGCAAGAGAUAUACUCAACCACGUUAGGCAAAUCACCAGUGAAUCAUAUUUCGCCUAUUUGUCGGACCAAAUUCAUUUUUGCUUCUACUUUAGCGGUGUGCUCCUAUCUAGAAUCUUGCAUGUUGCAAUCACCAAUAAUCUAACCCAUAUGGAAGAGUUUAAAGAUAUCAAGACCAAGAGGGGGAUUUCGCGACAACUACAGCCUAUUGUCAAUUUGACUAAAAAGAUUGACGGAUUUUUGUCAACUUCUGAUCCAGUUAUACUUGCCAAGUACAAUGUAGGCUUGAAACAUUGCAUUGAUGAGGUGUUGAAUGCUUGA